CAAACAUGAUUCUUUCUGCAACACCUCUGAUAUUCGUUUUAAUAGGUGCCAUCUUUAUUAAAUGGAUAUCUCCAGCUAUUGUGAAAACGGUGGUCAGUGGAACUUCUGUCUCUCUUCUGUGUUCAAACAUCUUGACAGAGCCCAGUUAUAUAGCCUGGUUCAAGCAGACCAAAAAUGGUUCUCUACCAUUUUGUGUUGUAACUCAAUAUACGCAGAAAUCUCAGGCUGAUCCUGUAUAUUUUAACGGCUUUCAAAAGAAUCACAUAGAAAUGUCAGUGAACAAAACAGUUUCAUUUCUGAAGAUUGUGAAUGCGGAGGUCUCUGACUCUGGUAUCUUUUUCUGUGGAAGUUUUCUGGGAAAGCGCAUGGUAUUUCACAAUUCAACACAAUUAGUAGUCAAUGGGAUUGAUCAGUCCAUAAAUGUAAUUCCAAAUAAUCCAGAAGAGGAUAAUGAUGUGACAGAAGUGUUUUCGGGAUCCUGCCAUGUCUAUUAUACACUGACACUGGUUUUGAGUUGCUUGGUUUUGCUUCCCACUGUUCUUGCGACUGUAGUCUUAAUCAGGAUGAAGGAAAGAAACAAGCAGAAAGAAGAUGUUGGUGCCCAGUCCCCGUAUCAUCAUGAUGAGGAGCAAGAUCCCGACUUGAAUUAUGCAGCUCUAAAUAUUGUCAAGAAGAAGAGCAGGAGACCUGUAAGAAGUUUGAGCGAGGUGGAGACAAGUGUUGUGUAUGCUGCAACAAGAUGAUCUACUAAACAUUAUUUCAAUGUAUUCAGUUGCGAUUAAUAGAUAUAAUCGAAAACUGUAAUCACAGUGAAUUACAUUGAUAAUAUAUGCCGACUCGA